AUGAUUAUCUACUCUGAUAUCAUCUCCGGAGACGAGCUUCUCUCGGACACCUUCAAGAUCGUUCCCUCCAAGGACUGCCCCAUCCUUUGGGAGACCGACUGCCGCAAGUACCUCAAGAAGGCCGACUCCGACUUCCAGCUUGAGGGUGCGAACCCCUCCGCUGAGGACGGUGAUGAUGCUGGUGGUGGUGAUGAGGGCGAGGCUACCAUGGUCCACGACAUUGAGGACCAGUUCCGUCUUGUCUGGCUCAAGACCGAGGAGGGUCUGAAGCCUUCCAAGGAGGCUUUCAAGGCUCACCUGAAGACCUACGUCAAGAAGCUCCUGAAGGCUCUCCAGGACAGCGGUGCCAGCGAGGAGACCAUCGCCGAGUUCAAGUCAGGUGCUGCCGGUGCCGUCAAGAAGAUCACCGGUAACUACGACAACUACGAUGUGAUGAUGGGCCAGUCCAUGGAUGGUGAUGCUAUGCACGUCCUGAUUGACUUCCGUGAGGACGGCGUCACCCCCUACGCUACCCUUUGGAAGCACGGUCUCAAGGAGAUCAAGGUUUAA